AUCUACCUUCAUGUUUUGUUUUCUAAAUGCCACCUUUUUUUAAUGCCACCACACCCAUCCUAUCAAACAACUUCAACUUCCAAACAAAUUACAACAACGCAAACCAAAGGCUCGGGAAUCAAGUCGCUGUUGGUUCCUCUUAGAGAAGUAUUUCUAGUUUUUGGAAAAACUUAAACAAAAUGGGUGGUGGUUUGAAGUACACCUCAGCCUACCUCUUGUCCGCCAUGAAGGGCGGCGAGGUCACGGCUGACAGCAUGAAGGCCAUCUUCACUGCUGGCGGACUCGAUUUCGAACAGGACAUGAUCGACCUUGUUUUGAAGAAGAUGGAAGGAAAGACCGUCCAGGAGAUCAUCAGUGCUGGUAUAGACCCUUUUCAGUGAAGAUUUUUUUGGAAACUUGAGGUCGUACCUGGAUCGAAGAAUAUAAUAUCCACAUUAGUUUCGUCGUGAGGUACUAAAGAUUACAAGCCCUUCUGCUAUUCGUCUGGAUUUGGUUAUCCCAAAGUCCACUCGUCCAAAUUCCUUUUUUUUACAGGUGUGCCAAAGCUCGAAGCUUGCGGUGGAGGCGGUGGUGGCGGCGGCGGUGCCGCUGCUGGCGGCGCCGCAGCCGGCGGUGAUGCCGGUGGUGCCGCUGAGGAGAAGAAGGAAGAGAAGGUUGAGGAAGAGGAGGAUGACAUGGAAUUCGACUUGUUCGAUUAAUCGAGCUUCGUCGUUUUACAACAUCUCACGAAAGGAAGAUAAAUGUUCGUCGCUCUUGGCGUGUAUCAAGUCGGCGGCGACCUAUCUUGCUAGCAUCUACCACCUUCAGGCUAAGACCACAGCGCAGCGACAUAAAAACCUCGUGAAAGGCGCACUCUAAAAAGUGCUUACCUUACUUGUCCCUCAUAUCGGCGAGGAUUCUUAUCUUGGUGUUCAAGGACAUGGAAAAAUCCGACAGAUUUUAUAACAAAUUGCACGGUACUACAGAGCUGAGCGACAGAGAGAAGAACUUGCCAUUCAGCAUUUACCAAAAGCGGAAGAAAUGUGACGCAAAAGGCACGACGAAGUGUGAUGAGAGAAUUGCCACUACAUGGCGUUCUAUAAGCAAGGUGUUAUAUUCUGAAUCAGAGAACAGGGGAAAUCAAAACCGA